GUCUUUUUUUAAUUUUACUUGUUGAUUUUACAAUUGAAAUUGGUGUUAAAUAAGUAAACUUCUGUGAUAUCGUGUCAGAAAUAACUAUGUUAUAGUUCGAGAAGUGCCUACUACUUGUUGAGAUAGGUCACCUGCUGCUAGGAGCGCCGUUUGAUCAGGGUCGGCGCGCGGGCGCGAUGGAGGACGAGGUGACGUUCCUGUUCCAGCUGGGAGUAAUGCGUGACGCGGUGUCGGCCCCCACGCAUCUGCUCACGCUCGCCUACCUCAAGGAGCUCGCCGUCAAAUUCGUACAAGAGAAGAUUCCAGACAACGGCCUGAAUCGUCUAUCAGAGCGCAUUCUGCUAUUCAGACAUGACUAUUGUUCACCCAACGUGCUGCAGCUAGUGAACGCCGCAUCAGACGUUACAGACGAGACCCUCGUCGAGAUUGUGCUCACUGCUAACCCCUUGAUAUGCGACGGAGGAUUGGAGAAUGCGCCUGCGCCACGGCCGCACGCGCUCUCUGUGCACUCCUACAAGACGCCCACAUUUUGCGAUUUCUGCGGCGAGAUGCUGUUCGGACUCGUCCGCCAAGGGCUUAAGUGUGAAGGAUGCGGCCUGAACUACCACAAACGAUGUGCGGUAAAGGUACCGUCUAACUGCACUAUCCCGUCUGGCACGGGGUCGGGGUCGGGGCCCGGGGGAGCGCGCCGGUCGUCGGCGGGGGCACGCAGUCCCUCGCGCACGUCCCAACACUCGCACACGUCGCACGAUGACUCGCUGGUAAGGCGACUCGCAGACCUCGUCACUGGCAAUAAUUAACGCAAUAUUUAACUUGUUUAUGGAAAAUAAUCAGGAUGGAUACGCUAUUAUCAGGUAGUUUAUUUACCUCACAUUUCGACUAUGUGACAUGAAACUUUUACGAUCGACCGGAUAUUUUGUAUAUCGGAAUUCUCCGAUCCUACUAUCUUUUUUUAAUCUUUAAUUAUUUUCUUAUAUCUUUCUACAUAUACAGGAUAAAUUUGCAAUCGGUGCACCUAUUUUUAGUAUCUUUUGCAGAAGAUUAAAAAAUAUUUACAAUAAAAUAACAGACAAAAUAAUAAAACUGGUAACUAUUUUUUUUUUGUGAAGAGCUUCUUAUAAUUUAACGAUCGGUACUGUCACAGUAAGUAAUAUUAAAAAACUACCGUCUGUAAAAGAUUCAUGUCAAAGGUUACACAAAAUACAAACAUUGUAUCUAUGAGGAGUAAUGUUUUUAAAACUCUACCUAACUAUAUAUUUAGUACUCAAAUAACAAAUGGGAACAGAAUAAGUAUAAAAUCUCCUCUACAUGACAUUGAAUCGUACAAGAUUCGCAUUUUACUCUAGAACUGACUUUAUGACUAAAAAUUAUUUGAUUAGAUUCUAUCGAUUCUGAUCGUUCACCUAUAUUUACAGAUCUGCCAAUAAGGUACUUACUUCAAAAAACUAUUAUUCUAAUAUUUUAGCGAUCCAAUUGAGAAUGAACGCUCAUAAUAUUAAAUUCGUUAUAUUUUUAAAUACUUACUAAUUUAAAGACUCGCGUAGUUAUUAGUGAACAUCGAAAUGAUUCAGUACAUUCCUCGUGUCAAUAGGGGAUCGGACAACUUUAAAAAAGCACGCCUGGCUACCACAAUGUGUCAUAUUUCGAUUGUAAGCUCUAACCUCAAUAGAAUAAUACGGAGGAUUAAAAUCAUACGGAGAAUGUGGCCGUUUUGUAUAACUUGUGCUGUUGACUGUACCUAAAUUUUUUUAAGGUUAACAUCAAUUCGGAGACGUGACGUCAUUCGUGGAGUAAACAAAAGGAAAUUACAGUAAAAAUCGUUAGCUGCUUUAUAUUCAAAUAUACAAAUAGAUAACAUUCAAAUCCGAUUCUUUCAACCUGCUGUAUUUUCAGUAAAUCACUAAAAUUAUUUUAUACUUUGUAGUAAUUUUCCCGCGCUUUUCCUAGAUAGUUUAUUACCAAAUUACCCGCGGAUGACGACAUGCACUCUGGUGGGUAUAUCGUUUGACAUAAGAUACUGACUAAAUGUAUUGAAAAAAUAUGUCAUUUUUUUUUAUUUAGAAAUAUUAAUGAAUAACAAAAAUAUUCGACGGAUAAUUUAAAAUUUCGUUAGCAAUUGUAUUUUUUUAACUGGUUGCUGCCUGAUCUCCUAUUGUGUAGUAGCAUUAUAAUAAUGGUUUAUUAUUGAUUUUAAUAUUAUAAGUUUCAAGUAUUCUCUCGCACAAAAGUUUGUGUUGUAGUAUUAUUUAUAUUAUAUAUAUGUAUUGCUUUACCUUUUAUAAUACGGGUGUAGACAGUAAACGAAAAUAAACACAUUUUUCAUUUUGGUCGUAUACUAUUACCGAUAACGAC